AUGUUUAACCACUUAAAGUUUCUUAUUCUCACUCCAAAUUCACAUGAAGCAACCAAUCUCAAUGUUAAUGAAAAACAUAUUUGUAUUUAUAAGGGUGUAAUAGACAUUCUAAAAUAUCCAAUCAAUCAAGAGAUAAAAUUAGUUUAUGAUUAUACUUGUAAUAAAAGAAUAGGAGGUCAAGGUGAUAUGCUGAGUGGUGUGUUGGCAACAUUUGUAUCGAAUUGUACUAAGUCAACUGAUGAGUUUGUUAAAGUCUCAGUAAUUGGAUGUAAAUUGAUGAGAUAUGUUUCACAUCUAACAUUUGUACAAAAAGGAUAUACGAUGAUCACAACUGAUAUUUUUAAACAUUUAAAUAAAAGUACAAUUAAAUUUUUUAAUAAAUAA